CCCCAUUUUAGAGAGUUUACUCGCGGCAGUGUGGAAGUGGCCCGGUCCGCAACGCAACAUCAGUGAUUUCGAACGUUUACUCCGGCGUAGAAAGUGCAUAGGAUUGGCUUAUUUUUAAUAUGCCGGCGUCACACAAACAACAAAAAACGGAAAGACUGUUACAAUCGUUUUACGUUGCCCUGCAAGAAGCUUGUCUCAGAGCGAUUACGCGGUUUCUCGACUUACUGAUAGUCUCUUGGUUGGCCGUUUAUUAUUUCUGCGAAGCUCUCAUAUUGACGCUGACUCCCUCAUCGUUGAGAACCCUGAAAAGCCUGCGAAGUAAAACCGUUUUGGUCACCGGCGGAGCUGGCGGAGUGGGGCAAGAAUUGGUCACUAGAUUGGCUAGAAAUAAAGCUGUUGUAGUAGUUUGGGAUGUCAACGAAAAAGGCAUGGAAGAACUUAAAUCCAACUUGGAUAAAGAAGGACUGAAAAUCCACACGUAUCCGGUUGAUCUCGCCGAUCGUCAAAAUAUUUAUAAAUACGCGGAAAUUGUUAAACAAGACAUCGGCCCGGUCGAUAUUGUUAUAAACAACGCCGGAAUCGUUUGUGGACAGACGUUUCUCGAAAUUCCCGACUACAUGAUAGAGAAGACUUAUAAAGUCAACACAUUGUCGUGCUACUGGACAACCAAAGCAUUUCUUCCAGAAAUGAUAAAGAGAGGUAACGGACACAUUGUCACUGUUGGUAGCCUCACUGGUCUUUUGGGAACAUACAAUUGCACCGACUACAGCGGAUCUAAAUUUGCAACUGUGGGAUUUCACGAAAGCCUCUUGAUCGAAUUGAAGAGCCAGGGUUACAACAGAAUCAAAAUGACUAUGGUGUGUCCCUAUUUUAUCAACACGGGCAUGUUUGAGGGCUGCAAGCCGAAACAGAUGGACAUGCUCGAACCGAAAGACGUCGCGAAAAGCAUUAUAACGGCGAUUCGGAAAGAAGAAAUAUUUGUCACAGUUCCAACGAGCUCGCGAUAUAUUUUACCCCUGAAGAACUACAUACCAGCCAAAUUAGGAUGGUUGUUGCUGUACAGAGUGUUGCGUUUGCCACAAGCGAUGAUGAGCAUGAGGAGUUUCAAAGAAGUGGAAGCAGCGUAGUUUUUUUUGUUUAGAGUUGGAACGAUAGACGGUUUAACUAGAAACAUUUAUUAUUUUUAGCAUAAAAUCAGAAUAAAUCGUAGAAAUAGUCUAGGCCCUGACCCAAUUCCCAAAUUGAAAUACCUGUAUUCAAUCUCCUGG